AUGGCUGUUCAGGCACAGGCGUUCUCUUGCAGAGAGUGCAACUGGGACGAGUGCGAGGAGUGCUGCGGAAAAACUCAGGAUCACUUGGGCAUCCAGGGUUUGUGGAAAGCCCGCGGAAACCACAGGAGAUUCAAAAUCGUGCGUACCACGGACAGCCCCAGCGACCUGGAGAUCAAUGGAUUUGUGAUUACUGGCAGAUAUCAAGAAGGUUGGUGGGCCAAGGGCACCUUAAAGGAAAACGGGCAGUGGUAUCAAGGAUGCGUCAGGGAAGAGCAGGGCGAGAGAACUGGAUUUGUACGAGUUCACCUCUGGGACACGAAUGAGAUUGUGACGAACUUUCGAGAGAAGGAAGAUUCGCCCUGGGGUGCAGAUUCUUUGCUCAUGCGAUCUGCGAGGGUCAAGGUCAAUCCAAAGGUAUUGUGCAUUGCGCAGAAUAGUAUCGAACAGAUUUGCGCACAGCUCCGAAGUGGAGAAACGGCAAGUGACUCCGCGGCGGCAUUGCUGGAAUCUCGGGUGGAGGACAGCUCGGCUUGGCGGUCUCUGCCUGUGCCCGGGCAGCAGCUGGUGGUGCUCCCCAGUCAGGGCCUGGAGGUCGCAGGGCGGGAGUACUACAGGGAGGGUGAUGCUGGGCGAGUGUCCUCCGAGGUGUAUUUGGACGGUAAUGGAGACAAGGCGUUCGAUGUCACGUGGCUGCGGACCGGGCUCACGUGGCGCAUGUCGAAGGACUGGGCGUCCCGCGUGCGCAUCGUGGGUGCAGCGCCCGCGUUCGGCGAAGAGGUCGAGGCCCUCCCUGGGGCAGAGUUCACCAACGGAUCCGGCACAGAGUUUUACGCCCCCGGCGACAGGGGCAGAGUGUCUUCCGACCUUCGUUUGGUACCGGUCCAGGGUCGCAGUGAGCUGCGAUUCGGUGUUGCUUGGUACCGGUCCGGACUCGUUUCUUUUAUGACGGCGGAGGGAUGGACCAAGAAAUUUAACGUGGUUGGGUCUGCUCGUACGCUGGUCCUUGGGGACGAAGUGCAAGCCUUGCCUGGUCAGAAAUUAACAGUCGAUGGGGUCGUGUACUACAGCGAAGGAGAUGUCGGCAGAGUGACCAAUGUAGGUAUCAGAAAGAACGAUGACUUGGAUGCAUGUGAGGGUCGGCGGAUCUCAUGGUACAAGAGUGGGCGGUCGUCAGUACAAACAGUGGAAUCUUGGCCGAAGACUGUCAGGCUCAUAGAGGGGGAGGAGAAAUCCAACUUGGUAGGCGUCGAGGACAAACGGAUAAUCGAGGAGGCUGUGGCGAGCCAGGAGGUGACGAUGGCGAAGCCCAUGCAGCUCGUGAGCGGGCAACCGAAGGAGGCCGCCAAGGGCCUGUACCACAUGAUGCGCGUCAAGGACCCGUUCGCGGACGAUUCUGCGGCCCGUAUCGAGCAGGAGGUCGAUUCGUUCGUGAAGGAUUUGAAGGAGUCCGCGGUUGUCUUGGCGUUGUUGGAGGCGAAGCAGGGCGAUGCGGAUGAGGUGCGGCGAAUCGAGAAUUUCUACGGCGGCGAGGAGGCCAUCUCGCGGGCGAAGGGGGACAUCGAGUAUUUCGGCAAGGGAGAAGGCGUCGGAAGUCUACGUGGAGGGCCCCAACGCCUUUCGGGACAAGGGCCGCGGCCCUGUGGACCUGCAGCAUUUCCUUGGGCACAGGAACGUGAAGGCCGCCGAGCUUGCCGUGCCGCACGUGGUGGCAUUGAGGCUCUACACGACCACGGCUUUUAA